UCCCAACAACCAUCGCCAAUCCAUCUCAACUCUCUAUUUCAACACUAGACAGAGGUCAAGCUCUCAAAUCCACUCAACAAUGGCGGCUUCCACCAUGGCUCUCUCCUCUCCAUCCCUGGCUGGACAGGCGGUGAAGCUCUCCCCCUCCACUCCCGAGCUUCUCGGCAAUGGGAGAAUCUCCAUGAGGAAGGCCGUCCGCAAGCCAGUCUCCUCUGGGAGCCCAUGGUAUGGUCCAGACCGCGCCAAGUACCUAGGCCCAUUCUCCGGUGAGCCCCCGAGCUACCUCACUGGUGAGUUCCCCGGUGACUACGGUUGGGACACUGCUGGGCUCUCGGCCGACCCUGAGACCUUCGCCAAGAACCGCGAGCUCGAGGUCAUCCACUGCAGGUGGGCCAUGCUCGGCGCCCUAGGGUGCGUCUUCCCUGAGCUCCUGGCCCGCAACGGCGUCAAGUUCGGUGAGGCUGUGUGGUUCAAGGCCGGCGCCCAGAUCUUCAGCGAGGGGGGACUCGACUACCUGGGCAACCCCAACCUGAUCCACGCCCAAAGCAUCUUGGCCAUCUGGGCCUGCCAGGUCAUCCUGAUGGGAGCCGUCGAGGGCUACCGUAUUGCUGGUGGCCCGCUCGGUGAGGUCACCGACCCGCUCUACCCCGGCGGGAGCUUCGACCCCUUGGGCCUGGCCGAUGACCCCGAGGCCUUUGCUGAGCUCAAGGUGAAGGAGAUCAAGAACGGCAGGCUUGCCAUGUUCUCCAUGUUCGGGUUCUUCGUGCAGGCCAUUGUGACAGGAAAGGGCCCAUUGGAGAACUUGGCUGACCACCUUGCUGAUCCAGUCAGCAACAAUGCUUGGGCCUACGCCACCAACUUCGUCCCUGGAAAUUUCUUCGCUGGCGCCCAGAUCUUCAGCGAGGGAGGGCUCGACUACCUGGGCAACCCCAACCUGAUCCACGCCCAAAGCAUCUUGGCCAUAUGGGCCUGCCAGGUCAUCCUGAUGGGAGCCGUUGAGGGCUACCGUAUUGCUGGUGGCCCGCUCGGUGAGGUCACCGACCCACUCUACCCCGGCGGGAGCUUCGACCCGUUGGGCCUAGCCGAUGACCCCGAGGCCUUUGCCGAGCUCAAGGUGAAGGAGAUCAAGAACGGCAGGCUUGCCAUGUUCUCCAUGUUCGGGUUCUUCGUGCAGGCUAUUGUGACAGGAAAGGGCCCAUUGGAGAACUUGGCUGACCACCUUGCUGAUCCAGUCAGCAACAAUGCUUGGGCCUACGCCACCAACUUCGUCCCUGGAAAGUGAGUGUGCGGGUGAUAUACAGUUUGGUUUCAGUUGAGAGUCCUGAGUGGGAUUGGCAUUUCACUGAUGUGAUUUUGAAUUGGUUGGAAACGAUACUUUCAGAAGUGUAAAUUACAUGUAUUGGUGCUACCUUGAAUGACAUCUUCAAUCA